UGGACGUGGUGGAGUCUGCGCAUUCAAAACACAACAAAGUUCUACACCCGUAGUUAAGUGUGUGCUUUACAAAUAGCUAAAGGUCAUUGUGAUUUGCAGAUUUUUUUUUUUUUGUUUAGAAAAUGUCAACAGAUCUAACAGACGUUCUGCGAGAGCGUAACAAAUAUUUGUUGGAGCAGCUAAGAGAGCAAAGAGAGAAACUAGAGCGGGUGAGCUGCAGCAGUUUGAGCCGCAAGAGGGGGAGAGAGGCCGAGGAAGAGGAGAAGGAGGAGAGGAGGCAACCCGAAGUUAUGGUAACUCUGACGGAGGGACACGGAGGUCCUGCCAGGGCAGCCCUGGCCAAACCUUCAGUCAGAUUUACUGAGAUGCACAAAGACUCCCACUGGAAGUCAUCCGGUUCUUUUGGAACCCCCAAACACAGAGCACCUGCUGAACCUUCAACACUGUCAGUCAGCCACCGAAACCCUCUGGACUAUUCCUCACUACCAGACCCCUGGUCACUGAGAAUGCAGUUUUCCCAAGUUAGGCCCAAUAAAAUGAAGAGGGGGAUACACAAUCGAGUCAAGUUUCAGUCAGAAGAAUCUGAAAGCAAACCUGUGUCAGACAGACGUCAUGUGCAGCCUUUGCUUGGAUAUGAUUGGAUAGCAGGAGUUCUGGAUACCGAGGACUCCUUGUUAGAACACUCUGAUGAGUACUUCAAUGAUCUCUGCAGGUUUCGAUUGGUCAAUAAGGACCAGUGUGUUCACUCUGGACCAGCAAAGUCUCUAGAGGAAAGCCAGUUUUUCCGACCACUCCUGACAGAUGACAGCAAAGAAGCAGAUACAGACACUCAUCAGUGUACAUUCUCCUACCGGAUCAACAGCAGGCUGUUUCCUGUCCCGUUUCACUCUCAGGAAUGCUGCCCCGUGUGCAAGAGACACAAAUCUUCCCACCCUCACACUGCAGCUGAACCGGCUCUGAUCAGGGUCAGCCUUCCUCGCGCCAACAUCCUGCCAGCUUACAAGUACAAAGCUCAUCGGCGAAGCAGCUUCGAUCCUUCAGACAGUUUGGGAUUACCAUCACACUGCCUCUCAGGAUGGUCAAAUCCAGGUCAGAACAUCCUGCCUCCGGCCAGAAGCCUUGACCUACGGAGCAGCAUUCAGACGAAGAACGCUGAUGGGCCCCUGAGCCAGCAACUGGAGAAACUAUCUUCAUCUAGAAGAAACCAAAACCUUGAGCAGACCCCUGAUGUGUGUCGCUUGGCUAAUUUCAACUUUCAACAUUUCUCUCCAAAAAGAAACACAAGAGCCUCUUUUUUCCCUGUAGGCUGAAGAAUCACCUCUGGAUUUUUAAGGGAUCAAAAUCUGAGAAGCUACUUUUACAUUUCUAGUGCAACAUCGUCUGUCUCGGCCAGACGUCCUUCAUGUACUUUUUUUGUUGUUGUUGUUGCUGUUUUUCAAACAGGGAGCUAAGCAUAAAGUGCAUCAGGUGCUGUAAAUGCACUGGAAUAUGAGUUGACUCUAAACUUUGACUUAAAUCAUGUUGCCUCAGUUCCCCUUUUCUUUGUUCAUGUGAAUUAAAGCUGGAGCACAUGUGA